AUGGAACAAACAACAUUAUUAAAUACAAUGGAUUCAAUUCUUGAUCAUCGUAGUGAUGUUAGUGAUGCAAAUAGUGUUGACUCAGCAUUUAGUAUUGAAAAUGGAGUUGUUACAACACCAGAACCAAUUGAACAUUCAACAUCAUCUGCAACAUUAUUUAAUGAAUUACAAAGAGUUAAACAAGAUCUUAAAGAUAAAGAUACAGAAAUACAACGAGCACAUGAAAUACGUGAAAAUACAGAUCGAGAAAUCGAAGAUCUUACUGCAUCGUUAUUCGAAUCUGCACAUUCAAUGGUGGAACAAGCUAAAUAUGCUCAAUCUAAUGCUGAACAAAAACUUAAAAUUGCAAAUCAAACAAUUGAUGCACUUGUUGUUGAAAAUACUCAAUUAAAAAAAAGUGUUAGUGAAUUAAAAGAAAUCAUUAAUAAUUGUCGUUCAUCAUUAUUAACAAAUCGUUCUCUACCAAUAACAGCUAUUUUAUCAUCAACUGAACAACAAUCACAAUCGAGUAUUCGUCAAAUAGUACGAGAAAAACUUCAUAAACGUUCAUCAUCAGAUUUACAACAAUCAUUAUCAUCAAUUGAUAUAUCAACUAAAAUUGAUACUGAUAUUGAUGAUUGGCCUAUGGUGGAUAAUGUUUUAUUACGAGAAUUUGCACGUUGGGAAGAAAAACCAUCAAUAGGAAGUGAUUCAUCUGCAUUUAUGCAUCGAGUUUAUAGUGAAGAUAUUUUACCAUGUUUAACAUUUCCUAAUGCUGAUCUUUCAUCAAGAAUUCUUACAGCUAUUGAACACAAUGAUGUGACUAUGGAAACAUUUCAUAUGAGAACAAUUGAGGAAAAUAUGAAAGUUUGUUCAUUAACGGGUGAUCUUUGUCAAUGUAAUUAUCGUGUUCGAUUAUGUGAACGUGGUGAAUGGUAUCCAAUAUCACGUUUAUCUCGAAAUCGAAUUGCUGCUGUUUGUGAUUUUUUUACUUUUAUUCGUCAUGUUCAAUCAGGUCUUGUGAAAAGUGAUACACGAAAUCGUUAUAAUAAAAUAAUUGAACUUCGAAAACAAAUGGCUUUUGCACGUCUUGGUUUAUGA